UGUGUGAACAAUAGCAAAUCUCACUUAAAACUUCGUAAUAUAGGUUUCAAAAUAUAAUAAUAAAUAUUGUAUGUUCAAUUGGGUGAACUUGUAUCAAGCCGCGAGACAUGUGAUCGAAUUGAUAUUCAAAUUAUUUUUGGGUACGUCCAUCGUCCACCCCUAUCAAUAACAUCGAUAACAGCGAAGUUUGUUAUUGUCCGUCUAGGCGAUUGCAACGCAAUUCAGUGUUUAAAUUUUUAAACAAAGAUUUUCAGUGCCUAAGGAAGUUAUAGAUUUAGUGUUACAUAUAUAAGUUAGGUAAACAUGUUCUCACGCAAAAGGCCAGAGCAACCUAAGCGCCGACAGCACGAUUUAUCACAGUUCGGUUUGACGGAAAUUCCAGAUGACUUUGAUCCAAGCGCUGGCUAUGGAGAUGAUGAUGGAGGUGAUAGCGAUUUGGAGGCUGAGCUGGCGGCUAUUACCGGGGGCGGUGGCCCAAAGCCCAAAGCAAAGUCCAAGCCGAAAUUAUUGCCCAGCAGCGAUUUAGAUAAAAUGAUUGCGGAUAGCUUGCGUGAUGUCAGCGAUGAUGAUGAUGAUGAGGCAUUAGAGAACGAUAGCGACUUACUUGGUGAACUGCAUGGCAUAACAGGCGUGGAGGAAGAGGUGGAGGAACAGCCAACUCCGACUGCAGCAGCUUCUGAGGAAGCAGAGCCCGUGCAGACGUUUUUGCCUACUACUACAGUUGAUACAUUGUCCAUCAUCAAACAGCGAUUGGAUAUGUAUAAACAAGCUGAGGCGAAUGCCAAGGCUGCCGGUGAAUCUGGAAAAGCUCGACGCUUUGCCAGAGGUUUGAAAACGUUGCAGGAUUUGCUGAAACAGUCGGCAGCAGGCAAAAGCAUCAAUGUCGAUGACAUUCCACCAGAGGUGAGCGUGAAGCCAGUGGGCGGAGAGGGAGGAACGGCAGUUGCUGCAACCGAAGCCCAACCAGAGGAACCAGAGCAACCAAAGCUGCCCACACGUGCCGCUCCAGCGCUACCCACGCCGACCACGCCUCCAGCUUCAGUGGCAACUGCAUCUGACGCGCCCGCAAAUCCUCUGGUCUCUCAAAUGCGCAGUCGACAAAGCGAAUACAAGGCAGCUGCAUUGCAGGCCAAGCGCAGUGGAGACAUAGCUGCUGCAAAACAGUUUCUGGGCGUGGUCAAGCAGUUCGAUGUGGUGGUGAAGAUGUGUGAAGAUGGCCAGGAGGUAGAUCUAAGUGAUAUGCCGCCGCCGCCUGGGGAGUUUCUAGCAUUUAUGGCCAAAAUGCAGGAGGGAGCAGCAGCAGCAGCAGCAGCAGCAGCACCAGAAUCCGAGCCAGAGCCUACUCCAGCUGCAACUCCUGCUGCUCCGCCAGCCGCUGCAGCUGAAGCCACAACAAUGCUGGAGGCACUGCAGCAACGUUUGGCCAAAUACAAGUCUGUGGAGGAGGCUGCCAAAGCAGAGAAUAAUACAAGCAAAGCGCGUCGGUUUGGACGCAUUGUCAAGCAGUACGAGGAUGCAAUAAAGCAAUACAAGGCUGGCCGACCUGUGGCUUAUGAGGAGCUGCCAGUGCCGCCAGGAUUUGGACCAUUGCCCACAGGUGAAUCAGCACCUGCUGCAGCCACAGCUGCAACUCCACCUGAUCCAACACCCCCAACAUCGCCUGCCACAGCAAGCACCACACCUGGCAGCUCAGCCGCAGCUACGCCCACAGUGGCAAGAAAAGCGCCAACGCCUCCACAGCCAAAGGAGUUAACCACACGCACCUCCGGCAAUCAUCAGAAAAGUAAUCUAGCCGAGCAGCAAAUGAAAUUGUUGCUGGAGCGCCAAAAGGAGUUCAAAGUGGCGGCCCUAGCUGCAAAGAAAGCGGGUGAGAUCGAUCAGGCCAAGGAAUAUCUUAAGAUCUUCAAAGGAUUCGAUUCACUGCUAAAUGCGGCGAGCAGCGGCCUGCCCGUGGAUCUCAGCACGCUGCCUGUUCCACCCUCUCAACGCGACAACUUGGAAGCAUCCUUUGCCAUUGUCUCAACCGAAGACUGUGAUCCAAAUGAUGACAUAUGCGAGAUUGGUGUGCGCAUCGAGGAGCAGCUGGCCAAGCAGCUGAUGAUGUGCAAGAAUACACGAGACCAUCACAAAGCCAUGGGCGACAUAGCCGGCAUGAAUCGAUUUGAGAAUCUCGCAUUGACCGUGCAAAAGGAUUUGGAUUUGGUGCGCUAUUCGAAGCGCAAGAAUCAAACACUGCCGAAAUUCCAUUAUGAGAAACGUUCCUUUAACAUUGUCCAUUGCAACACGGAUCUGACGGACAACGAACUAGAAAUUGUUGUUGUGCGGGGCAUCAACUACAACGUGGCCAAUCCCAAGGAUGUGGACACCUAUGUUCGCGUUGAAUUUCCGUUAUUGAAUGAUGAAGCCUUCAGAACGAAAACGAAUGUGAUCAAGGAUACGGACAGUCCCGACUACGACGAGCGCUUUAAGGUGGAUAUCCAGCGCGGCAAUCGUCAAUUUCAACGUAUCUUCAGAAGACAUGGCGUCAAAUUCGAGAUCUACUCGAGAGGCUGCAGUAUUGAUUGUUGUGGACUAAGUCGUAAACUGCCCAUAUGUUGUUUCAGAGGAUUUCUACGAUCCGAUAUAUUGAUUGGCACAGUAAAUGUGAAGCUGCAGCAGCUGGAAACCAAGUGUGAUAUACACGAUACCUACGAUCUAAUGGAUGGUCGCAAACAGGUGGGCGGCAAGCUGGAGAUCAAGGUGCGUGUACGUAAUCCCAUAUUGACUAAACAAAUGGAGCACAUCGAUGAGAAGUGGCUAGUCCUUGAUGCCGAAGCCUGAGCACAGCCGAAACUGGAUUUCUCCCAUUAUAAGAUCAUCACACAAACGACUGGUCAUAUUUCUAUAUAUAUAUAUAUAUAAUAUCUUGUACUUUAAUGCA